AGUGGAGUGAGACAAAGUCAUCGCACAAAGUGGCCCAGAGGCAGCAGAGGCUCUCAUCCAGUAUCACAACCCCCUUUCUUCCGGAUAAUAACCUCAUUAUAUCUCUACCUGUCUGGUGGGCCGGGUCUGACAUGGCUGCUCUCUCAGCCUGGUUCUGGACCGAGAGGUUCUGGCUGCCUCACAACGUCACCUGGGCGGACCUGGCGGACCCAGCUCCCGGGGUGGAGUACCCCAAAGCCGGACACUUGUUCACCGCCUUCCCGCUGGCUCUGGGGAUCUUCGCCAUCAGGAUACUGUUCGAGAGGUUUAUUGCCAGUCCCUGUGCCCGGAGUCUCCACAUCCAGCCAGGUAUCGCACGAAGAGCUCAGCCCAAUGCAGUGCUGGAGAAAGUGUUUACAUCCAUCACCAAGGAUCCAGACUCUCGCCAUCUGGAUGGACUGUCCAAGCAGCUGGACUGGGAAGUGCGAAAAGUCCAGCGUUGGUUCAGACACCGCAGGAACCAAGAUAAACCCAGCACGCACACUAAGUUCUGCGAGAGCAUGUGGAGGUUUUCAUUUUAUUUCUGCAUAUUUGCCUAUGGGUUCCGAUUUCUGUGGCAGUGUCCUUGGAUGUGGGAUACACGACAGUGCUGGUACGGUUAUCCCUAUCAGGUCAUGACUACGGGUCUUUACCGCUACUAUGUGAUAGAACUGUCCUUCUACUGGUCACUCAUGUUCUCCCAAUUCACCGAUAUUAAAAGAAAGGACUUCCUGAUCAUGUUCAUCCAUCACCUAGCGACAGUUAGCCUGAUCAGCUUCUCUUACGUCAACAACAUGACGCGAGUAGGAAGCCUCGUGAUGUGUGUACACGACGCCUCUGACUUCCUGCUAGAGGCAGGUAAGCUGGCCAACUACGCCAAGUACCAGCGCUUGUGUGACUUCAUCUUCAUUGUGUUUAGUGUGGCAUUCUUCAUCACACGACUAGUUAUAUAUCCAAUAUGGGUCCUGAACUCCACUAUGUUUGAGAGCUGGGCCAUAGUCGGGCCGUACCCGUCCUGGUGGCUCUUCAACAUCUUGCUGCUGGUCCUCCAAGUGCUGCAUAUCAUCUGGUUCUACCUCAUAGCCCGUAUAGCUGUCAAAGCCAUGCUGCGGGGCAGGGUGAGCAAGGAUGUGCGCAGUGACAUUGAGAGCAGCUCAGAGGAGGAGCCCGACACGCCCACAGAAGGCCCCAAGGUUUCUUCGUAUUCUUUCAAGGGAGAAAACGGCACGAAAGGCCACUGUGCUGCUGCCAAAGCUGGAGUGCAAAACCACAGCAGCUGGUGACAUGAAGCCGGGAGCCCCCUGCAGUUCGGCCCUCACAACGUCUCCAAGAGCUUUGUUUGUCUUUUGACAUUCCCUUGACGUGCAAGGCUCUCACACACACACGCACGCACACACACACACACACACACACACAGUCUGCUAUCACACUUUACAGACAUUGAUUCAUGAACUGACUAUGGAUAAACAGAUACCUGCUUUGAAGAGCCCUGUACUGACAUGUACGACACAAAUCAAGAGGUGACAUGUAGAAGCUGAUACGAUCAGUUGGAGCGAUAAGUGAUUUGCAUAGCCUUAUUUUUCAAAUGAUGGGAUUUUAUUAUUUUGUGCUGAGUUGUGCUGAGUGGUUUCAAUGUUCUCUCCCAGUUUUAUUGGUCAGAUGAACUUGAUUGUUUUUGUGUUACGGGUUAAAUCACACUGGAUCACAAAGGGCAGAAAACACUACUCUCUGGAAGCGUGUUGCAUUUCCAAUCCAAUGAUGUUACAGCAGGUAUUAGACGUAUAUGGAACUGUAUGAAUAACUGUUUUGUUAUAGCUGUGAUUUUAUCAGCUCUGAAAGAAGGGCACCUGCUGUGUGCGUGUGAGUGUGACCAGACGUACACACUUGACAGUUUUAACAGCAGCAGUUUCUGCCUUCUGCGAUUUAUUGUGGAUUUUUCCUUUAACGACGUUGUUUGACAACUUUGUGAUUUGUAGUUUUUUUUUGUUUUACUGUUUUUUUUACUACUACUUCUGAGACCAAAUGUUUAUAAAAUUGUUUGUCACUGCCUACAGAGGAAUCCAGGUAUGAGGAUUGUACUAAAUGUCUGGUAUCAUGUUCUCACUUGAGUGCCUUGUAAAAAAAUAUAUUUCCAAAAAUAUAUUCUGUGGUUGAAAGAGG